GGUACCUAGUAUGUAGAAGGUACCAAGCUAAUGCGUCGCGUGUUCUACAUACAUACCUACAUACACCUAGGUAAUAGUGUAGUGUAGAUGACCUGUUGCAACUUGAAGUAGACAGUCGCAUUCAUAAACCAGGCGCUUAGUUGAACUUCUUAUACCAUUUCCCAUUGCUUCUUGUUUACCUACUCACUUAUAUUCAUCCAACUUCUAUUUCUACUUCCAUACAUCUUUAUCAUACACUGAGUCCAGUCUUCAAGCCGGCCUCUCUCCCUUCACUGAUCUAGCACAUCCCCUCCCCCCCUCCUCCCCUCUUCCGCCAACUUUCACAUCGUCGAUCACUCUGCUACAGUUGACGAGAGACCUCACACUUGCUUCAGCCCACAUCGUAGGCAAGACCUUACCGAUACCGAUACAAUCGAGCACAUUGCGCCCGCUUCCGCCGUCAUGGCCAAACGUAGAAGACUCGCCAUGCCGGUUCGUCCCCCAACCUACGAAGAUACUGCCCGCCACUACAAGGAAACGUCAGUGCUGAAGCCAGUCAGCCCCUCUACUCACACCGAUAAUUGGCCGUGUUUCCUCCUCUCCGAAGCCACCGUCCAUAUGCGCGAUGGCAGUUUGAUGGAUCUGCUGAAUGUCGACCUGUUCGGUCCUUUUAUCGUUCGCGGAAAGCUUGAAAUUGAGAAGGAUAACGAGAGAUACCUUGUCAAUCGCAACAUGAAGGCGAAAACGCUUUGGAUCCAGAUUGAAAGCUCGCGUACCUUCUCCGUAGGCGCCAAAGAUGCCAGCUUAACCUCCCCCGUAGUAUGGGCCAGCGGCGAGGCAGGUUGGUUCGAGAUUGUGCCUGCACCAUGCUACCAAUAUAUAUGUGAUGGGAUGUUCCAAGCUGUCCGCCUGCACUACUCUCUUCUGGACCAGUAUGAAGAAGCCGUUGAGAAGCUACGAAAAUCAAGAAAAAAGAAAAGGCCGACGUUCGCAGAUGUCUCUAUUGAGAUAGACGAGCUACUCUUCCAGUGUGCUCUACGUGCUGGAGACGGUCAAACUGUUGAAGAAGCCCGCAAAGUGUUGAAAUACAAUGGCGCGUUUUUCUUGUCACAUUUCCCAAAGGACACUAAUUUAUACCCGCACCUAAUCGAGCAGCAGCCUGGUGUUGCUAGACUCCUAACUCAAAAGACUGCAAGCUCUAAGUGGACCGAAUUCCUCAAUAAACCUAGCCCUUUGAUAGCUUACGACUACUCGCAAGGUAAAGAAUCUUCAUCGCCCGAGAUUCCUAAUGGGGGGAAGAAGGGCAAAGGGCGCCCUAAACAUAGUGUUUCCCAAACCACACGGUCUAGUGAAAUGUCCGACAUGAAAGGCGUUGUUAGCUCAUCCAAGAAAGAUCGAGGGCAUCACCAAUUGAGAUCUACGAGGACAAAGACCGGAUCUCCAGCAGAGAUUCCUCAAAAAGUUGACGAUAUCACCAUGACGGAUUCGCCCAGCAACAACAACCCGGGCCCCUCGAAAUCACAUAAUGUUCGCGAUGGAGUUGGUGGAGACAAUGCGACAAUAGACACCAGUGCCACACAAGGGACAGAAUCAUCGAGCCAUGUUCUCGUGGGUGCCUUGAAAGACGCUAGGAGAAAUUAUCUUCAGUCAAUCAGUGAAGGUAAACAGAAGAAGCAGCUACACCAAAUAACCGCCAAGAGCUGGCAAAACAAGGUUUACCUAGAGUGUAACAUCAAAAGCUACAGCGCGGUAGAAGAAAUCUUUCAAUAUCACGCUCGAGAUCUGGUGCGGCUUCUAGGCCCAGAAUGGCACGAUACUAAAAUCUAUCAGUGGGCUAAAGAGAAUUCAUCAACUUCGCCAACACUCACACUCAUCUCGGAAGCAGAGGUCAACCAAAUUGUCAGAAGAGUGAAGAAAUCGGCACGAACAGCACAUACACAGAACGUCGCGAGCGAAAACGAGCAGUCAGUAGUCAACGAGUAUGCGGGCAAACAAACACCCAGAAAUCGCCAGAGUGGUAAGGCCGCUGGGCUGAGGCCGUCUACGGGAGGCAAAAAGCGAGUGCGACAAGAAAUGGACUUUGACGACGACAUGGACCUUGAUGAGGAUGGAAUACUCAACAAGAAGUACAAAAAGUCGCAUUAUUUUAUCGAAGAGGAUGACGAAGUUGAUGAUGACAAUGACAGCACUGAAGACGACGAUGAAGACUCUUCGGGUGAGAGCAAGUCCCAUGUAGGAAAGGACACUAUGGCAAUGACACAGCUUGUCAUCCGUGCAGAGAAACUACCGUCGGCCCAGUCACAAAGACUCAACCAGACGUGGAUUUGCGAAGAGCCUGAUUGUGGUUACAUCGUGAGAGCCGCCCACGAAGAAGACGGCCAGAAACUUAUCAAUGCUCACUACGAAGGGCAUGAGAAAGAAGCCCAAGAUGAAGCACAUGAGAUGGCCUUAGACAGGGUCAACCUUGCCGUCCAAGAGGCAAGAGGACAUAUGCCAAUUAAUCACCUACUCGAAAAGAUUCGCAAACUAGGCGAAAACUCGAAGCGGCGCGAUGAGGUCCAUCUGCAUGGGCAGGCGGUUCCUGAGCCAAUCAAAAGAACUCUCCUCAUAUGAUUACAUGAGAUCUCUCAAUUCAUUACGCCUAUGCGCACAAGCUAUACUAGGCUUAAACGAUCUGCUUUUGAGAUCCCGUAUUAUUGCCGAUUUAGGCGAGCUUGCCCAACAAAACACCAAACGUUUAGCUAUAGACAGGAUUCUUUCCAUUACCCAACUGGGGUUGGCAAGCCUGGCCGAAUCCAUGACUCAAGACAAUGUAAAUACAGAUGAGGGGGGUUGAAACAGAUCGGAUUACUCGGCGAGGCCAUGGUUUGACUGUCGAUAUAUAUUGAAGGAUUCGGUGUUUGGCAGAUUAGAGUGGAUGAUACCCCAGCUUCUUCGUAUGCUUUUCCGACUUAUGACUUAAUAUGAAUGGAUUUCCAUGACUUUAUCUCAGAUGAUACGCGACUAUUUUAAUGGCCUAUUAUCUAGUGCCUACGGAAAUAUCAUGAAUGCAAGUUUUUGGAUGUUACAAGUAUUGAGAGCUGUGCUAGUGCAUUUGUUCUAGUAUGUCACACUGGAUCUGAAGCUAUUAGGUGUCAAGAUCAGAAUGUUAAUAGUGAAAGGUCACUGGACUCAAAGAGUCUACGCUCAUCACUGUCAGAUUUCUAGGUUGUCUAGUCCAAACGCCGGCAUCGUUACACUCCAAUUCAUUAUACAACCUGGC